CGCGAGGCUGAGGCAGCGAGGCUGCGUCCGCAAGCUCCGGCCCCGGGCAACUCUUCUCCAAAGAUCUUCUGCUAUAAUCUUACACUGACAGCUCUAGAAGGUCUGUGGCCAGUGCAGGUAGAGAAGUUCGGCUGCUUUCAAGUUUGCUCGAGCGCAGUGAGGACACGACGAACCAUCACUGCCGGACCAGUGCCACGGCUUCACCUCUCUGGAACAUCCAGUUGACUACGUGGUUGGGCAGCCACCCAAUGAGGGUUGGGCAGCUCUUCGGUUGAAUAAUGCCGCUGUGGUGUGGCCGUAACCAAGAUGUGGACAUUGCUCAUUGCAAGAAUGCUAUGAAGUUGGAUUGCGUCUGACAAGAAGGUGGCAAGAUGGGCGACGAAGGCCGUAUGAUGAAUUUUGUCUCAGAGAAGCAGCUGGACGAGCUGAAGGCGGCGCGAGGGGGGCGCCCCGAGGAUGGGACUGUCGCUGUGGACAAGCCGCUGUGGGAGAUUUUGAAAGCCAACAAGGAGGUCAAGGACGCAGAGUGGACGGAGAAGCAUCGGCACAAGACCCAGAAAGCCCUGGACGAGGACGAGGUGCACUUCCUGGACGCGGUGGACCUGCACCAACGCGAACAAGAGAAGCUUCAGCGUGAUGCUGAGGCACAAGAGCUGGCUUCUUUUCAGGCUGCACUUUUAGAGAAGCAACUCGGAACAGAGAUCACUCCUGUUCAAAAGCAGCGGAGUUUGAAGGGUGGUGAACCCGUGAAAAUGGUCAAGCGUCCAGCAGAGAAGCCACUUGCUGUGCUAGCGAGCAUGGUCAAGCUUAAGCCGCAACCAAAGAAGCUCAAAGCGGAACAGGUUGAUACUGGAAGCCUGAGACAAGUUCGGGGCGAACUGGAAAAGGACGGACAAGCUCUACGGGAGCAGACAGUACAGAGCGGGCUCCUCGGCUUACAAGACUACAAAGACGAUGACGACGAGGACUCAGAAAAUGAGGAGGGUCCUUCUUGACAGCGGUUGAUCUUGUCAAAGUGCUCUGAUAAUUUGAAAACAUUGCAAGGUCCCAUUCAUAGUGAGUGCUAAGCCUGGUGCAAUUCUCAAGAAACUGCUUUUGUACAUUGUGUAAGACAGUACAUAGAGGAAUCCAGGCGCGUCGAACAUGCACGGCCAUGCCUGACUUCAGUACGCAAUUCAUGGCAUAUGCAACUUAUCGAAUAUAAAUUAACAUCAAUCUCGAC